UCUCCACCCCAGCCUCAUUAGCCCCAAGCUCCUUAGCAUCCUCAAGCAGAAAUGUGGGAGGCUGGGAUGGGGUCAACACCCUAAAGCCAGCCCCCUUUCUUUUGCCAAGACUUGCCUCAGCACAGCCCUGAGCGGACAGCUGAAGGCUGCAGCUGGUGUCCUGGGCCCUGAUGGAGUCCUGGCUGGGCCCUGAGGCUGCUGCUCCCUGCCUGGGCUGGCCAGCCCUGCUGCUUUGGGUCUCAGUCCUCAGCUGUUCUGUCUCCUCGUCAGCUCCUCCUUCUCCUCUGGUGCACCAAGUCAGAACCAGAUACAAUUUUGGAAGGACUUUCCUCGGCCUUGAUAAAUGCAAUGCCUGCAUUGGAACAUCUAUUUGCAAGAAGUUUUUUAAAGAAGAAAUAAGGUUUGACAACUGGCUGGCCUCCCACCUUGAACUGCCUCUGGACUACUUGCUUUCUUACCCUGCAAAUUACUCAGAUGAUUCUAAAACCUGGCGUACCGUGGAGAUCUGCAGGCUGAUCAGCAAACACCAGAAUGAAAUCUCAGACCAGAGAAUCUGUGCAUCUGCAGCAGCCCCCAAAACAUGCAGCAUUGAGCAUGUCCUGAGGAAAACAAAAAGGUUCCAGAAAUGGCUGCAGGCCAAGCGCCUGACACCAGACCUGGUGCAGGGCCUGCCUAGCCCCCUCUUACGCUGCCCCUCACAGCGACUUCUGGACCGUGUGGUUCGGCGCUAUGCUGAGGUGGCUGAUGCCGGUAGCAUCUUCAUGGACCACUUCACGGACCGUGACAAGUUGCGCCUGCUCUACACGUUGGCUGUCAACACGCAUCCCAUUCUCCUACAGAUCUUCCCUGGAGCCGAAGGAUGGCCACUGCCCAAGUACCUGGGCUCCUGUGGACGAUUCCUGGUCAGCACCAGCACCAACCUACUGCAGGAAUUCUAUGGUGCACCCCCAGACCAGGCAGCUGACCUGGCCUACCAGCUCCUCAGGGUCCUGGAGUCUCUGAGGAGCAACGAUUUGAAUUACUUCCUCUACUUCACCCAUGUGGAUGCCACCAUGUUUGGUAUCUUUAACAAUGGGCAUCUGUUCAUCCGGGAUGCUAGUGCCCUGGGUGUCAUCGACAAGCAGGAAGACAGCCAAGCAGCCAUCAGGGCAGGAGAGAAUAAAGACAUCUUUAGCUGCUUGGUUACUGGCUGCAACACUGAGCUGCCCUCCUGUGAUACCAUCCCUGAGAAGCAGAGCCUGGUGCUGGUGUGUCAGCAGGUGCUGCCUCAACUUCUCCAGGGAAAGUUCCCCUCUCCAGUGCAGGAGCAGAUAGAUGUCCUCCUGGCUAAGUGUGGAGAGGGUACCCGCCCAGACCCUGAAGUUCUAGGGGCUGCCAGCCAGCUGAAGGACAUCUUGAGACCCCUGAGAACCUGUAAUCCCAGAUUUGCCUACCGAUAUCCAGACUGCAAGUAUAAUGAUAAGUUCUAAUGGGCUGGAGCCUGGCUGGCCUCCAGGGACAACAUCCCUGGCUCUCCAUUUCCCAGCUGAGUUGUUGCAAAGUUGAAAGAAGCAGAUGUUUUAGACAUUAGCAGAAAUGCACAUUAAUUUCCCAGGGACUAAGGAACAUUCCAGUGACUGGAGGGCAGUUGUGUGACACAGUGUCAUUGUCUCCACUGGCUGGAACAUCACAAAAGAGCCAGAGGUGGGCAUCAGAAGAUCCAAGUGUGGACACUCACUCAACCUCUGAGCCCCUGUUUCCUCCGUUCUCCACCAGAAUCUCGAAUUAGUGAAAGAAGACAGAGAUGUAAAGGGCCAGGGAAAUAUGCUUCCUACUUUUAGCCCAGGUGGUUAUAAGGUGUGUUCAGAAGUAUACACAGGCAGGAUGAAUGAGGCAGAACAGUGGAGGUCAAGAGGCUGGCAUGAGGGGUGAGGCCCCUGGCCAGUAGCACGUUAGGUUAGACUCAGACAAAAGGGGCCCUUUUCUGCUCCCUCUACCUCUGAGCUAGCUACAUCUGUCAUACUCCCCACACCAUGCCAGGGUAAGAAGACUGCAGGCCAAAGGCACAUAUGGAUAAGGACACACCCUGAAUGUCUGGGGCCUCAUACAGGUACAAGUAAAGCACAUCAUGGUGUGGGAAAGAGUCAGAGGUAAGAAGUGGGGGAUGGGCUGGAGGUCAGUGUGUUUAUCCAGAUCCUCUGAGAAGCAAGUAUCAAGACAGGAUAAAACAGUCAAGGAUUGUAUUAAGGAAGGUGCUUGUGUGGAAGGAAAGAAGGGACUCAGAAACAGCUGGAAGAGCCAGCAGGCCAGGUUGCAAGUCUGAGCCUGAAGGUUGAGUAGGAGUAUUCUAGACUGUUUUACACAAUGGAAGGAAGCUUUGGCAAGGUUGUCAGGGUGUUCUUGAGCCAAAGCUAGCCAUUAGAUGAGCAACAAGUAUCCAAUAAUGGGCAGCCCUUAUGCCUCUGCUGCAGGGAACAGCCCAGGGAAAGCAUGGCAUCAGCCCAACCACAAAGGUGUAUUUCGAAGCUCAGUACAGGGCACCUAGCCAGUUCCAUUCCCUGGAACAAGAGGUCUGUGAGCAGACCAUUCUCAUUGUAGCCAUAGCUGGACCCAGGCCAGCUUUCUCCACUUCAUAGCCUCCAAUGUAGGACUCUAAGGAGCCUGAGAAUUUUCAUUGAAACUUGACCUUACAGGUUAUUAUAGAAUUUUUUCAAGGUCAGCAACAAAACAUAUUUUACCAAGUGUUUGUUAGUUUGCUUUAUGGCUUUUAAAUAUUUAGCCAUAUGGUAUGUGGGCCUCCACGUAUAUUUUUGCCCUGGCCCCACAGACAUUAGUGGUGAGCUCUUUGAACCUUUGCCCAGCCUCCCUACCAGCCCUGUCCCCCACAAGGACUUCUUAGUUAACCUCUCUUUUCUACCUCUGAAUAACCACCUUUAGGUUAGAAGGCCUGGCUUAACAGGCUUCACAGUGCAGACAAGAAACUGAGGCCCAGGGAUGAAGAGUGACUUGCUGGGAUGGUUCAGAACCCUUGUUACCAAUCCAUGCUUUUCUUUCAUUCCCCUUCAGCCUCUGCUUCUUACCCUGGCGUACCCAAUUCUGGUCCUUUCACUCACAUUUAAAGUUAGGCCACCAAAAGUCCUAUUUUAUGGCAAAUAAGUUGCUUGAGGGGUUUGCCUUUGACUGCUCCAGGCACUAUCCCAGGCUGCCUGGGGCAGCAAUGACAGUGAAGGUGACAGGCCAAGCUUCUGGAAGGGCAGGGUCAGGCAGGCUGAGUCUGAGACAGUUUCCUUCUAGCCUGGUCAGAAUGAUAAGGAUUUAUAGCCCUUUCCAACACCUUACUUUCAGCCCAGUGAAACUGAUCUUAGACUUCUGGCCUUCAGAGCUGUGACAGAAUAAAAGCCUAUUGCUUCAGACCACCCACUUUGUAGUAAUUUGUUACUGCAGCUCAAGAGAUGAAUGCACACUAUGAACUUCAUCUGAGUGUCUGCUUCCAGAGAGCCCAACCUGCAGUACUCCCAACUCCAGUCUGUUGUGAUGGAUUCAAAAGUCAGACCCAACAUGAAGGAGUAUGUUAGCGUCUAUACCCAGAGCUAAGGCUUGGCUGGUUCCGUUCCUCUUCUGCAUCAUUUAAGACUGCUGGAUGUCUCACCUUGACCAGAAGCUUUUUCUGACAGCACAAGCUCCCACAAGCCCUUUCUGAAUCGCAUAUUUGUACCCCUGAACCACAGGUCUGUGCCCCAUUUGAAGCUAAUCCCAAAGAGAAAUCCAGAGAGCUCUGUGUCCUACCUUUCCAUCAAGCUGGAAGACCUCUGAGGAUGGUGGAGGUAGCUGUGUAUUCUCAUAGAAACUGGCACAGGGAUGGCCACAGAGCAGGUGCUGGGAAGCUGUUCUUUCUGAAGACAAUGUUUGUGUUCUUCAGAUGUUUUUGCUUACUGUUUUUCAUGCACCAUGUGCUAUAGACUGAAUGUUCAUGUCUCCUUAAAAUUCAUAUAUUGAAAUCUGAACCCUUAAGGUGAGGAUAUUAGGUGGUGAGGCUUUUAGAUCCUGAUGGUGGAACCCUCAUGAAUGGGAUUCACAUCCUUUUAAGAGAAACCCCAGAAAGCUCCCUGGCCCUUUCUUCACUAUGAGGAUACAUGGGGAUGGUACAGGCUAUGAACCAGGAAGUUGGCCUUCACAAGGCUCUGCAUCUGCCAGUGCCUUGGCCUUGGACUGCCAGCUUACAGAACUAUGAGAAAUAAAUGUGAAAUAAAUGUGUGUUGCUUAUAAACCACCCAGUCUAUCA